GAGGCCGCCCUGCGCCAGAGGAUCGAGCAGGCCGAGGCUGCCGUGCUGGCCAAGGAGCGAGAGCUGAAGGCGCUGAGGCAGGAAGGGCCUACCCGGCUUCUCCUCCCGCCCAGUGCUCUUUGACCUCCCAUCUCUGGUCGAGCACGCACACGUUGCAUGCCUCUGCAGUUGAUCGAGCGCCUUUGCUCUCCUCCUCCUCCUCCUCCUCCUCCUCCUCCUCCCCCUCCUCCCCCUCCCAUCUCAUCUCGUUCUGUUUCUCUGAUCGCUGCCUUCGAGACACGACGACUCACGCCAGUCAGCGUCCGCCCAGUGCAAAAAACGCCGAGGCAGGAGCUGGCCGGGCUCCGCAGGGAGCUCGACGGCGAGCUGCAGCGAGCGGGCAGCGGACUGGGCCGGCCGAGCGCCGCGGGAGCCGGGGGCGCGGGCGCGGAGGGCGGUUUGCGGGAGGCCGUCACGAGCUACGAGAAGGCCGCGGGGCUGCUGCGGUACGUGGAGUGCGUGCGGCCUGACUGGAAGAACGAGGACGGCUCGUACAAGGGCAUAGAGGACGACACCCUGCGCGUCGAUUCUGCGGCGCUGGAGGGCGACGGGUCGGAGGCUCAGGAGGCCCGAGACCUGGUGGCGUCCUGCUACCUGAACAUCGCUCUGGCUGCGCAGAGGCUCGAGGACUGGGACAUGAUGACCAAGGCCUGCGACGAGGUCCUGACGCACGUGAACCCCAGCAGCGUCAAGGCGCUGUAUCGCCGGGCUCAGGCGGCCGUGGCCCCGGUGGGCGCCCUGGACGCCGACAGGCUGCGGGCCAUGCAGGACCUGCACGCGGCGGCGCAGCUCGAGCCCAACAACAGGGACGUCCGAGCGCUGCUGAGCAGGCUGAAGGCCGAGCGCAGGGCGCAGGGCCUCCACGACCGCAGCACCUUUGCGGGCCUCUUCGACAGAGGGCAGGUGGUCGCGGACGACGGCCGCGAGGCGGAAGCGCUGCCCCAGGGGCCGUCGCCGAGCUGGGACCUCCGGGAUCCGAAGGUGCAGGCCAUGCUGGACAUCCGCCCAGGGCCGGGGCAGUUCGACUGAGGCGGCGGGCUGCCCAGCGCGGCGCGUCUCGGGCACGGCCGCGGUAUCCGCCCACCCUCUUCGCGCGGGCGACCAUAGACUCCAGGACGGCUCGUCGGCCCGCGCGCACCAGCAGCCGGCCCGUCUGCUCACCGGCGGGAGACCGCGCGUGUGCGCUGGCUCGCCCUCUUUGGGAGGAGGCGGUGCAUGAGCUUCUCCUCCUCCUCCUCUUCCUCCUUGUCCUCCACCGCCUCCUCUGUACUCCUCAUCAUCAUGCCCUUCGUCCUCGUCGCCUCCUGGGCUUUUCCACUUCUCCCAUUCACAUGCUGGGCCUCGCGGCCCCGAGCGAGUACGAUCCCGCCGAUUGUGCGAUGAGCAAA